AUGCCCUGUACUCUAAAUUACAGUUGCGGAGGUCCAGCAGAUCGCGAAACAGACACGUUAGACACGUUCGUCGAUUCCUCCUGGUAUUACCUGCGUUUCCUCGACCCCAGCAACUCAGAUGAAAUUUGCUCACGAGCCUGUGCGUGCAAUCAUUUGCCCGUGGAUAUUUACGUUGGUGGUAUCGAACAUGCAAUUCGGCAUCUCUUCUACGCACGCUUCAUUGCUCACUUCCUGCACUCCGAGAUGGGCCUGCUUCCGCGUCGAGAGCCCUUCAGCCGCUUCCUCCCCGUCGGUCUGGUGCUCGGCCAGACCUUCAGGAGUCCAACCACGGGACAAUUUUUCCCGUUCUGCGAAGUCGAAAAGGACAGUAGCGGCACCAUUCGUGCAAAAGCGACGGGCGAGGUUCUCGUUGAGACUUGGGAGAAAAUGAGCAAGUCGAAACUGAACGGGGUCGAUCCCGCCGACGUGGUGGCUCGCCAUGGGCUCGAGGUGACGCGUGUCACGAUGCUCUCCAACUUCGGACCCCACGCCGCUAGGCGCUGGAGUGAGGGCGAAAGUAAGUCUUCGGCUUCCUUAUUUGCAACAACUUGUAUCGUGCGAUUCACAAUCAGCCGUCCUGAAUGCGUCUAA